AGGCUCCACUUUAGAGAUAACGUUAACUCAAGCUGUCAAAAAGGAGGGAUCGAACCUUAUAGCAACGUGAAGCUGCUCAUAAUGGAGAGAUAUCGAAGCCUGCAUCGCCUUUCCCUUUGUGGAAAGAUAAUCUUAUUUAACUGUAAACGAGCUACAGCCACAAAUGACAGCGAACGAAGUGAGUUAAUAUUCUGCAGCCUUUCAUUUGAACGGAAAGACAACGCGUUCCUGAUCGCAGCUGAGGGAGCGGCUGUCAUCAGCAGGAAAAGAUCAGCGCAUCGUGUGGAGAUUGUGACAUGUAAAUGUGCCAUACAUGUUCAGAAGAGAGUCGCCACACCAUGUGUUUUAGUGACAAAGAAGAGCGAGAAAGGAGGGAGCUUCCAGUAUACUCUUCUCACACUGAGCAGUUCAAACCGACUGGAGCCCUGCAUGGAGUUUAAACUCCCUUAUGAAAUGAGGGAGAAUGUAUCUAUCCUCCGGGGCCCCACGGUGUUGUGGAGCCAUGCUGGUAAUGUCUUCUAUACAUCUCUGCAGGCAGGAGAGGUGAGACAGGUACCCAUUCCGUUGUCCCACAUUGUUGUUGGAGAACUCCCCCUCCACAAAGAACAAAUAUUUGUUCUUGGACUGCAAAACGUUUCAGAGCAGUCCUUGAAUAACCAGUCCACAAGCAAAGCCCUUGGCUAUUUUGUUGACAAUGGACACGUGUUUGAUGGCACUAUAAUUUUGCCUCAUCCCUACAUUUGCAUCACAAGGUGCGUUUUUGUGCUGUCAGCUGAAAAAGUGGAUGGUGGGCUGAAAUCUGCUGUAGUUGCAGCAACUUUUAAUCAGCAACUUGUUUACUUUGAGAAUGGCAUUGUGAAAGACACAUGUCAGCUCCCCUUUGGACAGACUGAAAAUAUUCAGCUUGUCAACACCGGAAGAAAUGGCUGCCUGUUCGUCAUAUCCUUUCACCAGGAGCAUGUGUGUGCUGUAUGGAAGGAAACAUUUCAAAUAGCGUCUCACUGGUCAGGUGUCAGCUCUGUCCACGUGGAUGACUUUGUGGGAUGUGGAACAGACCAAAUGCUGUUGUGUUUUAAGGAUCAAGGCGUAACACGACACUCAUUGGACAAAUUCCUCAUCACUGACCUCUGUGGCAUUUCAUAUUCUAGUUGCCAGGACAAUAUUGCACCAGAGACAUCUCUUCUACCAGAGAACUAUCUCCUCACUCUUCAAGCUUUAGAGUCCAGACUACAGAGUGGAUUGACCGUGCUGCAGGAGCUUCAAAGAGAAGUGAGAGUGAAGGAAAGAGUCCUACAGCAGUCGGUCCAAGCCCUCACUGAUGUGGUCUCUGAAAGAGAACCUAUUUUCACACAGCCUGAGCAGGAAGGCCUUAUUGCUCUGUGGGAUUGUGAUGAUGAAUCAAAGGAUGAGGCCUUGGAUGACAAGACACAAGACAUGCCAGCAGUGUCUUCAAAACCUCAAGUUGACAAACUAUGGCAUCGCAUCGCUGGGGACCGAAUGGUUGUGGGAGUGAUACUAACUACUGACAGCCCUGUACCAGUGGCCAGUGUGAGCUUAUCCAUUCUGACAGAGACGGGCCAGAGCUCAAUGCCUGCAGUCAUCCAGACCCAGAGCCAAGUGUGCUGGCUCCCAGCGCCCUGCUCCUCAUCAUCAUCAUCCUCCUCCUCUGCCUCCUUGUUCCCAGAGCCCGCAGCCAAAAGAAGCAAGCCGCACAGUGCCAGCAGACCCAAUGAUCUCAACACACGCAGACUGGCUGUGACUGCUGUGACCAGGCUGACACCUCUGUUGAACUCUGGCUGUGUCAAGUGCCGUGUCAUGCUCCAUUACGUCCAUAGACGAGAUGCUUUUUCCGUCGUGAGCAACCCAACACCGGUUGUCCUGCAUUGUGGUCAAGUUACUUUAGACAUCCGUACUGAUUUCCAAACCCAACUGUUGAAAAACCCCAAACUCAAAACAGAUGAGGUUAAAGAAGAUUUGCUUAGUCUGAUGGCAGUGCUGGAACGUUGGGUCUUCUACAUAGACUCUCCUGAUCACAGCUUGGGUGAUGUAGAUGGCUGGAUUCAGAAAAGAGUGGGUUGUAAGAGGAUAGAAGUAAGCCCUCAGUAUCUACUGUUAAAUUCUUCCGGACCAUCUGCUCUCAUGCUGCUGCAUUGGCAUCAGAUAACCCCUUUCCAGGGGGAACUGUCUGUCCACUCCAGCAGCCAGUUACAGAUGCUGCAGUUCCUGGACUCUCUCUUGGCUUACCUCCCUGUGUCCUGCUCCAUCCAGCCUGUCAGAAGUACAAGAGGACAGGGUGCAGCUCAAACAUUUUCUUUGGCACUGGAGAAAGAGGUGGUGUCACUCAGAGAGUGUGCGUCAUUGCUACUUUGUGAAGAAGAGGAAGAGGGGAAGAAGAAGAAGAGCCUCGAACACGAGGACAGCCCUGAACCAGUUUCUGUGAAGGGUCUCCAGAGGUGCAGAGAGGUGUGGCAGCGGGACAUGGAGAGGAGUAGGAUGAGGUUGAGCCCCCUGGUGGAUGUGGGGAAGUAUCGUAGGCUAACCCAAAGCAUGUCCAAAGUCCAGCUCGAUGGGGAUCUGGCAGCUCUCUUAAACACUCUUUGCUCGGCUAAUACGCUGCCGUGAAAACCCCAUUGAUAAAUCUUUGUUUCCUGGACAAACGGUUAGUAUUAGUGGGGGGGGGGGGGGUAUAAUGUGAAGUGUUCAUCAUGUAUAUUCUGCACACUUCACUUUUACUGAGAGCAACCCUCGCUGCUGGCUUGGUUAUGUCUGUGCUGAACCGUGUGUGUCUGCUCUCUCAGACAGCCUCUUGGCAUUUGCAUCUAUAUAGUGUCUGCUGCUGUGUAGAGCCUCAGCUUAUUUCCAUUGGAUCACCUCCUCGGUUUCACUGCCUUAAUCUCAUACUGAUGUGAUACUGCUCCCUGCUCAGUUCAUUCUUCUGUUCAUGUCCCUUUAGACCCUCUGUUCAAAAACCCUCUGUAAUGUCUGUUGCUGCCGUGUGCUGUUCACUAGGCGGCAGACCGCUUUCAUUCUGGAGCAAGAAACUGUUUGUGUUAUGAAUAAAGACAACAUAAGAUGGUAGAGCGAGGACUUCUACAUCUGCUCAGUGGCCGGAGUUGACUGAAAGCUUUUAGUGGUACUUUCCCCUCAUGGUUCAGUUAUUUCCCUGUGAAACGAUGUAAAUAAAAAGUCCUUGGAUGCUGUUUUCUCCUGUGAUGCUGCACAGGCUGUCAACACUGUUAGUUAAAAUGCCAUUCGUCCAAGUAAACAUCAAACCCUACUUAAAAGGGCAGCGGCUUUGCUGGAUACAUAAGGUCUGUGGCAGCUUGACCAGUAGUGUGUGCUGAAAUGGUUGGUGAGGGGGGUUUGUUCUUUGUGUUUUUUCUUUGUCCCAGUGUGGGCUGUAAAACGAGGAUGUGCAUUUCUUUUUUGUUGCGGGAGCUAUUCCACCUGUUUGUAGUACUCAGCCUGAGGAGCAAGAAACUCCCCCUCUUUUACACCUUUAAUGUCUCUGCUUCAUUGCAAGUAACCGCUUUCACUGGACUCACUGCCACAGGACUCCUCUGUUUCCUGUUUUUCAUGAGUGAUUCGUAACAUGUAACAUUAUGAUGGCAAUGCAGCUGUGGAUAAAAGAAAUGUACAGAAGUAAAAAUGUUAGAAUUGAAAUAAAGCCCACGUCUGAGGUA